AUGGUGUUCGAGGCGAAAGAGGUAUAUAAUAUAUACAAUAUACAAUAUAUAAUAUAUAAAGUGGUUCAUCUAAAAUGUUACCCUAUGUUACACUGGAUAUCAGGAAUAUGAAUGUGUAAGUUACACAUUCCUGAUAUUUACAGUAAUUACUGUCCGUGAUGUUGCUGCAUGUAAUGAUGCACUUAAAAUGUUACUAGACCUGUGAUUGGUUGAUUUCAGUGCAGUUCAUCUGAAACAAAAGUGCAAAGAUCUGUAAGAAACUGAUCUGAUUGGUGGAAAAUCAACAAUUGGGAUUUAGAAAUCAACCAAUCAGCUGCUUAAAGCAUUUCUCGAGAGAACAGAACAGUCAGAGAUUGCUUCAAAACAAAACAAACAUAAAGUAAAAAUUGAGUUCGGGUGGAAAAUAUGGCUUUCCUCCUUUUUCAAGACCUCCAACAAGACUAAUUAAACUAGUUGAAUGAAAUUUUCAAGCUGUUAGCGUCGUAUAUAACAAAGCAGGAAAACUUUGUCAGUCGACGGUUCGUAAGUUAAAACUUCAAUUGUCUCCAACAUUUUCUUGUCCCCGAGGCAACGGCGCCAAGCGCCGUUCCGGGGUUAAGCACGGAGCGAGGGUACUAAUUCCGCCCGGCUAUUUACACCCGGGUGUUUGGGAACAUAGCGAAGUGCAAAGUUGUCCUCCAUUUAGACUUGGUUCAAGUCCGUCUCAGGAGAAAAGUAUGGAAGAGACGGACUUGGGACAUUUACAGCAUAUCGAAUGUUACUUGCAAAAAUUGGCGCGAAAAUUUGUUGUUGUCCUCACCUCGCAAGCCACGCCUCCGUAGGAAAAAUCCGACGGUAAAAUUUGGCGCACUUGCAGGGUAUCCAAGUCCGUCUCUCCCUACUUUUCUCUCAUAUUUUCGCGCCUUUUUUGACCGCUCGCGUGUGUCGCUAUUUUUAACCCCUUGAGAAACGGACUUGAACCAAGUCUAUCCUCCAUUAUGUGAUGGACGGUCUUCGACAUUAUGCGCAUGCGCGAGUACAAACUCGCACUAAAAAAAUUGUUUCUCAUUUUAUAAAGCUGUAUUUUGCUCUUUUACAACAUAUUUUUUCGGUGUAUUUCGCUUUUAACUGGAAACAAGCCUGCAGUUUCAUGAAUUAGUGUCUGUCAACAGUAAAACAGAGUGUGAAAGGCAUGCUUAAACACGAAUUUUGUCGAAGACGAACCAGAUGUGUUUUUAAAAAUAAAUUUAAUCGUUGUAUUGGCUAUGUUUGGGACUUGGGUAUAAGUGUUAUAAACAUUUCAGUAUUAAAAUUCCAUAGCGUACUUGCUUUGCGUUUUCGAUUCAUAUCUGCGAAAUUUUUACGCCAUUCUUAACUCUGUCAGUAAAUAAUAUGUUUUUAUGCAAGCUGGUAUUUAGCUACAUGAAAUUGUGUAAAAUAAUGUAGUAAUUAAUAAUGUUGUUUAUUUAGGGCAAUUAAUACAGCGUAUUGUGUUUUAUGUGUGUUUAUAAUGGUCUUUUACCUAAACCAUAACCUAUAUAGUAUUAAAAUUAAUAUUAAAAUAAUUCAUGUAAAUUCAAUUUCUUGAAAUGUUGUAAAAUAAAUUGUUUCUCUUCCCUUCUUCAUAGAUGUAUCUGGAAUGUAACAGGGACGACGACAGAAAGCCAUCUUUGCGUCACGAUCGCGAACGAUCGAGGUGUUGUGAAAAUAUAGCGGUAAAACUUGCAGUAGCUGGAUAUACCAUGUCGUUCUACGUGGCAGGCAUGAACCGAGCUGUCGACAAAGCCAUGUGGGAAUCGAUGCGACGGAGAGCUUGGGAUGUUCAAUAUGUCCGAGGAAGUUUUCCUCCACCCAUUCCGUCCAUGGGGCCUCCGCCUGCGCUGGACCGAUUUGGGCUCUUCCCAAUCGACUACCAAGCUUGCGCCCAAAUUACAAACCCACCAGAACACCCAGAGAUCGCGUGGAAAGAGGGUGCCGUUGUCGGCGAAGAAAGCCAUCUCGCUGAUGGUCAGGAUCCCACGUACCAUUUCCGCAUGGUCGAAUCCUUUCUGCGUUGCAAGAGCCUGUGCUAUAAGGCUCCCAGCACAAUACCCGUAGUGUAG